AUGGCUGGUGGCUUUGGCUCCGGGACCGAGGGCACGUCCCGCACGGCCAUGACCAUCAUCCUCGUCUUCCUGGCCAUCUCGCUCUACAACGUCGUCGAGCUGACCUUUAUCAUCUUUGGCACCUUUAAGCGGCACUCGGGCCUCUACUUUUGGUCCUUUCUGUGCGCGACCUGGGGCAUCCCCUUUUACUGCGGAGGCUUCCUGGUAAAGUACUUUGCCCCGGCGUCUGUCGGCUUUCUGGCUGCUGCCCUGAUCGCCAUGGGUUGGGUGGCCAUGGUGACGGGGCAGUCUCUGGUGUUGUGGUCACGAUUGCAUCUUGUUCUGAGGAAUAGGUUCCGGCUUAAGUUGGUGCUCUACAUGAUCAUCGUCGACGCCAUCGUCUGCCAUGGAGCCAUUAUCCCCAUGAUCUUUGGGUCCUUCUCUAGUAGCCCCGAGAUGUGGGUUAAGCCGUACUCGGUCAUGGAAAAGAUCCAGGUCACCAUCUUCUUUAUCCAGGAAAUCAUCAUCUCGAGCUUCUACAUCUAUGAAACGAUCAAGCUCAUGCGUCUAGAGCGCACCAUGGGCAACAAGCGCGGCAGCCGGCGUCUCAUGAACCACCUCAUCUUUGUCAACCUACUCAUCAUCCUCCUCGACAUCACCAUCCUCGGCCUCGAGUACGCCGACCAGUACGAGUACCAGACUUCUUAUAAGGCGUUUGUGUACAGCACAAAGCUCAAACUCGAAUUCACCAUCCUCAACCGUCUCGUCGAGAUGACGACUGGUAAUAAGGACGCCAGCUCGGGACCCCGGAGCAGGACUGCAGGGACUACUACCGGUAACAAGACGGGCAUCGCCCUCGACACGUUUAUCAGCGAUACCGGCGCCAAGCCAACGGGCGAUGUUUCCUACGAGGCGUAUGCCAUGGGUGGUGAAGAUGGAAACUCGGAUGGACAGGGAUCAUCUCCUCGCCGUGACAACGGGGUCAUGAUGACAACAGAGAUCAUCGUCCACCGGCAGAACAGGGACGACGAUGGAGUGAGCAUAGGACCAAACUCAUCGGCAGACUCGAUCGGGGCGGCAAAGGGGCCAUUCGACGGCGAGAACCUAUCCAAGUCAUCCUCCGAGGUGCAUCUUGCCACACGAGGCUUCUAG